AGUGGCAGGAACAGCUAUUUCUCAUACUUUCCUUGCAUUGGUUUCGUUUGUGCCGUAACACAAAUUCAGCUCUGAAUAGAAAAUAGAGGACCUUUUUGAAAUACCGAAGUUAAUUUGAUAAACUGAGACCCUGCGUUGUAAAGAGACAUGGAGGCUGUUUUAGGACUGUUGGUGAUCUCAGCAGGAGUGUCUCAUGGCUUGGAGACUUCCUGUGAUGCUAGAGAAGAUGGAUCUCAGUGUUAUGGACCUCUGGGAGGAACUGUCUAUCUCCAGCUGGUGACUGAUACCACGAGGUAUGAUGAUCUCUCAUUUUGGAAAGGCUCAACUGGUGCUAAAACAAAGAUACUCAAAAUUAAGAUGGGCAAACGGGUAAUAACAUACACCCCCAUUGAAGACAGAGUACACUUCUUUAUAAACAAUGGGACAUUGAGGUUAAAUAACACAAGAAGGAAUGAUUCUGGUGAAUACCUGCUCGGAAAAUAUGAUUCAGAAGGGAGAUCAUCAGGGACCAUAGGACUACAACUGUUCAUCGAAGCUCCAGUGUCCAGUCCUCAGCUGUCCUCUGAGUGUCUGUCCCAUGGAGAGAUGAGGGUGUCCUGCUCCUCUGAGGGGGAUGGUCCCCAGUACAGCUGGACUCUGGAUGGACAGACGCUGAACGAGACUGAUGCCCCUCCUGAUAAUAAGACAAACACCAUCACUCUGAAGAAAGGCCUGUCAGGAAAUCUCACCUGUACCGUCAGAAACAACAUCAACCGUAAUACUGUCAGCAGGAGAAUCUCACACUGUCCAGGGCUGAUAUAUGUUAACUGCACGUUAUCCAACGGGACAAAGAUAUCAGAGUGGGUGAUUACCCUGUGUGUUGAGUCUACAACGGUGGCGACUGUGACUGAGGCCCCCACCAGUAAAACCUCCACUGUCUGCUGUCCCCACUUGCUUCAAGAUGUCCACCAUUGCUCCUGUACAAAAGAGAGUAAAGGAAACAGCAGUGGGUUGCGUGCCCCUAUCCACAUCGACGGGACCGCAGUGGAGAAGGUGAAAGGCUUCAAGUUCAUCGGCGUACACAUCACUGACAAUCUGAAAUUGUCCACCCACACAGACAGUGUGGUGAAGAAGACGCAACUCAACAAAACAGGACCAGUGUUCAAUGUGUUUGUUUAUUUCCAACUUGCUGAAGUCUUCAUUCUGCUGACAAUCUGUCUGGGAUCAUACUGGUUUUACAAGAAGAAAACCUGUCCUCAAGAACAAGAUGAUGGUGAGUAAGCAGAGUGUUUGCAGACUCUCAGGUGGAUCACGGUGGGACUCUAAGAGGGGUGUUGAUGUCAUGAAAGUUGCCAUGGGGACCAUGACUGAUGACUAAUGAUGAUGUUAUACUGCUUAUUGCUGUUUUAAUUUUAAUCAAGCUCAAACUCAAAGCACAGUAAUGUAUUUAGAUCUUUUGACAUAUUUUCAUAGUUUCAGAAUGUUCCUUCAGACCUGCCCUUAACAAAGUAAUAAUGAAUGAUCCAUGUGAUGGUGUUAAUUUAAUGGAUUUUAACUCUUGAAUUGUAGUGUUUUAGUGGAUUUCAUUUGUACAUACAGUUACAUAAAGGAAUGAAAAUGCUA